CCCGUUCCGUCCACAGAGGACAGCGGCCAUGCAAGACAGAUUCUAUGUAACAGAAAGCAAUCCCAGACUUUGUUUCUACUUUGUGUGGUUUAGGACGGCCUAUAGUAUUCGCAGCUGAUUCUUACAAUUGUUUAUGAUAUAAUGAGAACAAAAUAUUCAUUCGCUUAAUUUCUUUUUUUGUUUCUCUUAUUUUAAGUGUACUUUAUCUUGUUCCAGUAUGGGAUGCUGUUACAGCUUUUUUUGCAAGGACGACGGUGGGCCGCAGAAUGGUGACGUUAAUGAAAGAACACAUUUGUUAGUGGAUCCGGUUAGUAAUAACACAAAUAUUCCUACUGUACCUAGUGAGGAUUAUGUCAACCAGUAUGCAGGUUCUGCACCUAAAAAGACUGACGAACAGAGUGCACUGAAUAGAAUAUUACACGAAACAGCAGCGAAUGUCAUAGAUGUUGGUGCAUUAGAUUCCCAUAACCUAGAGCAACAUGAAUACAAUGACAGAUCAAGAGCAUAUUCAAAAAGAAUAAAAGCAAGUGGAGUUAAAAUUCCAGAUUGCACGCAUCAUCUAUUGAAAGAUAUUCCUGCUCCUGAACGAAUACUAGCUGCUGAAGCUGUAGCUCCUGAGGACGUUAAAUUGAUUAAGAAUCUGUUGGAAAAAGCAGAAUUAGCCUUAAAUGAUGUUAAGGUAGAACAUAAAGAGGACUUGGUGGUUCCCUUCCUUUCAUGAUCUUUGGCUAGUUAAUGUGGCCACUGUACUGUCUCAAAUAAUUGUGAUAAAUCCAAACAAUGAUAUGGUUCUAUUGGUCCUCGAGUACAUGUUUGAGUAGCAUGGGCUUGAUAUGUAUAUAAGUUAAUCAUUUAAAUUGACACAGAAAUGUUAAGGGCCACCGAUGUUUUAAAAUAACUUUCUAUGCAGCAACUGCUGUUUACUCAGAAUAAUUUUCAUAAUCUUAAGAAAAAAUCCCAAAAAAUGUUAUAGCCGCACAAUUGCCUACUAAAAGUCUUCUUACGCGUUUAAGUAUUUUUUUUUUUUUUAACAAAGAAAUGGGCUAAAAUUUAUACCCUAUAUGUGACAUUUUCAUGCUAAGUCUUAAACCUCUGAAUGAUGACAAAGAUAUUCAAAAUUAAACUGUCAAAUUGUGCAUUACAUGAACGUAAUGAUAAAUCAAUUAAUGACACUAGCCUGUUGGAACUUCUUUUCCGAAUUGGAGAGAAAUGUUCAAUACAAUUUGUUACAUGAUUUUGUCUAUAGAACUAUAAGGUCUGUUUUCUGUGUACAUAAUGAAACUUACUCUUGACGUGAAUAUCGAUAUUAUACAUUUUAUGUAAUGUCUCGAGACUAAAGUCACUCUAUUAUUAUUAUACAUAUAUACAAUAGUUAUUAACUGUCAUAUUAUUCUGUAAUAAAAGAUGUAACUGAAAUAUAAUAUAGUUUUUGGUUAGCUUUUAUCAUGUA